AUGCAUACGUCGACUACUUUCCUAUCGCAAGGCGGUAAUUUUGCUUGUGAUGUUAUUCAGAUGAUACAACAACAUGAACUUGGUUCAAAGCGGCACAAUUGUUUAAACGAAUUAACCAUGCAAAGCAGACUUAUGACAGAUGAUGAAAAUAAGAAUGGUAAAAAAAGUGAUUGGUUCCGAUUAAAUUUGACAGGCCCUGUAAAGAACUUUUCUGGGACAUUAUGUCAGCUAACAUAUAUCACGACCCUGGUCAUCAAAAACAAUAACUUGGAGCGAUUGCCUGCAGAGCUUGGGAACUUAGUAAACCUUGUGAAUUUGGACGCUAGCUGUAACAGACUUCAUUCUCUUCCGUCGACUAUCGGUGACCUUACAGAGUUGCGUGCACUUAUUCUAAAUGAUAACAAAAUAGUCAAUUUACCGUCCGAAAUAGGCAGACUGCUUAAUUUACGCCAUUUCAAUUUAAAUGAUAAUCCAUUGAGUGCUGAAGUUAGUUCAAUGUAUGGUGAUGGUUCUGACUCGAAUAUCCGACGCAUGAUUCGCUAUUAUAUGGAUUAUUUUUAUCUUUACAGUUAGUUAACUAAUUUUGUAACUAAUUUCAUUCUCAUACUGCCAAACGCUAUCUUAUUAUUAUUUUUCUAUUGCUGUACUUUUAAUAUUCUAAGCAUAAUCGCUGUUAGUAUCGGUAAAUACCAUACUGUUUAAGAAUGCGUGUUUACAGCAAGGUUUGACAGUAACAGAAUGUAACUUAGCUAUUGUUUAGACGAGAUUGGGUUUGUGAAUAGUUAUUCUCUUUUGUCCCACCGUCUGAUUCUUCUAUCUCCCUCCUUUUCUUAUACAUGAAUUUGGCUACUACUUCUGUAUACUAAGUUACUAUUAAAAGUCAUUUCGAGAGAUUUCCUCUGUUUAUUGACUUUAUAUAUAUAUAAAGCCUGUGUCCACUAAGUAGUCUAUCCAUGAUCGUUAGAAGUACCGUUAUCUGACAAAUAGUGUCAGCUUACUAAUCAGUUUGGCAUUAUAUGCAUCACGUGAUUGAAACAUAGCUAAACUGAGGUUGUUUAUUAUCUUGCUGGUUAACUCUGUAUAAAGAUUUCAGGUAUAAGAGAGCUAACAUAGACGCUUAAGAGCUGUUAAAUUACCAUCAACAGAUGGGAAAACUAUAUUAUAUGAGCUCCUGUCAAGAUUGUUAUUUUAUGCGUUGUUACAAAUAACCUGUUCUAUAGAAUUUGUAACUUUUAAUUAGUAGACGCUUUUUCAUCAUUUAAACGUGAUAAAACAAAAUAUUAAUUACAGGUUACAAGAGUGUUUUACCUGGAAUCAUUCCACGGCUGUUUAUAACUACCUAACUUUUAGUGUGUAUUUAAAACAUAUCAGUUAGUGAUGGGAACUUUUCAGAUUAGUUGUUUUCAUCAAUAAAACAGUAACUACAAGAAUGAUUAAAUGAAAUGGUUGAAUUUCUGCUGUUGUGUUACAUUGAUAGAUUCGUGUAAAACAUCAUAGCUUUUACCAGUGUCGUGUCGUAAGCUAUUCCUAGGUUUUCCAAAAAAUUUCUCCUGCAUUUGUUUUUUAUUUGAACGUCACUGAGCACUACCCUUUUCGUCCAUCCUAUAUAACCUUAUCGUGAGAACGUUAGUUUAACUGAUCUGAAUUGCUGUCUGUUUCAUUUUCUCUUUUUGGUUGGAUAGCAUGACUUGUUCUAGAUAUUUGUUUAUUGAAAGGUGGGACGGACAGAUGCUUAACGUAGAAAAACAAACAUAAGUCGACAGUUUCUCCCAUCGUUCCAUAGACUUUAUUUUCAUAUAAAAAUCGAUUAAUAUUGCAGUUUUCAAUUAUUUAUGGAUCGCAUUACGAUACCGUUAUUCUCUAAAUCACGUAAAUAUUCCAGUGGGAAAUCGCAAGCUUGUGGAUGAUGAAUAUUAUAGUCCCCAUUGUGGAUACAUAUUUAUUUUAUGUGAACACAUAAAUAUUGGUACAAA